AUGGCUGCCCCCAGAAAUGUCCUGUUUGAAGAGCAGUGCCAGUGCUCCAUCUGUCUGGAAGUGUUCACUGAGCCAGUUUCCAUCUCAUGUGGACACAACUUCUGCAAGAAGUGUAUCAACAAACACUGGGAUAGCAGAGAACAUUUAGAACAAGACACGCUGUCCAAGACCAAGCCCCUUUCCCAGCUCCUGCCCCAGCUCAAGCUCCAGUCCCAGCCCAUGCUCCAGCCCCAGCUCAUGCUCCAGCCCCAGAUCAUGCUCCAGUCCCAGCCCAUGCUCCAGUCCCAGCCCAUGCUCCAGUCCCAGCCCAUGCUCCAGCCCCAGCUCAUGCUCCAGUCCCAGCCCAUGCUCCAGCCCCAGCUCAUGCUCCAGCCCCAGCUCAUGCUCCAGUCCCAGCCCAUGCUCCAGUCCCAGCCCAUGCUCCAGCCCCAGCUCAUGCUCCAGUCCCAGCCCAUGCUCCAGCCCCAGCUCAUGCUCCAGCCCCAGCUCAUGCUCCAGUCCCAGCCCAUGCUCCACCCCCAGCUCAAGCUCCAGUCCCAGCGAGACCUGGAGUCGUUCCUGUUGAAGAAAGUGAAGGCAGAUAUGCAGCAGAUGAUCCAGGAACGACUAGAGAAGGUUAAGGAGGUCAAACACUCAGUGGAGAUCACCAAGAGAAAUGCAGACAGAGAGCGAGAUGUCAGUAUGCAAUGUAUCAGUGAUCUGAAGCUCUUGAUUGAGAGAAACCAGGCUGAGCUCAUUGAGAUUGAGGAGAAGCAGAAAGCAACAACGAGGCGGGCUGAAGGAAUCAUUGAAGAGCUGCAGCAGGAAAUCACUGAGCUACAGAGGAGAAGCACUGAGCACCUCUCACAUACUAAGGACCACCUCCACCUCCUACAGAGUGAGAGUCUCCCAUCCAAGGACUGGUCUGAGAUCAGUGUUCACAGUGAUCUAUCAGUAGGGACCCUUAUCUCACCUGAUACAGCACAUCCCAGACUCAUCCUGGCUGAAGACAGGGAAGUGAAAUAUGGAAAAACACGACAGAAUCUUCCUGACAACCCAGAGAGGUUUGAUAUGAUUUGCAAUGUCUUGGGAAAAGAAGGUUUCUCUUCAGGGAGAUUCUACUAUGAGGUGCAGGUGGAAGGGAAGACUCUAUGGUCUUUAGGAGUGGCCAGAGAGUCCAUCAACAGGCAGAUUAGCCUGAACCCUACAUUUGGAUACUGGACUAUAUGGAUGAGGAAUGGCAAUGAGUAUGCAGCUCUUGGUGACAUAACUGUCCAUCUCUCUCUCAGACAGAAGCCCCAGAAGGUGGGGGUGUUUGUGGAUUAUGAGGAGGGUCAGGUCUCCUUCUAUGAUGUGGAGACCAGCUCUCAUAUCUAUUCUUUCACUGGAUUCACCUUCACUGAGAAACUCUAUCCAUUCUUAAGCCCAGAGCCAGAUAUUGAUGGUGAAAACUCAUCCCCGUUGGUCAUCACUCCUGUCAGUCAAAUAGACUAG